AUGGCUCUAAAUUACUUCCCACAAUCUUUCUCGCUGAGCAGUCUAGCACUUGCAGCAGCAUUACUCUCGCUGAUCUACCUCCUACAUAGACGAGCUACAAAGGAUAGAAUCGUCCCAGCCGGCCUCUCCUGGGUCGGCCUCCGCAACGAGCGCUUCGCAACCACCCGCCUCCACCUCCGGGACGCCUUCGCCGCUCCAGCCCAUCUAAAAGAAGGUUACGAGAAGUACAGCAAAGCCAACCUCCCCUUCAUCAGCCCCAACAUAACCUUCCGCCCUGUCGUCAUCCUGCCCCCCUCGCACUUCCGCUGGCUGAUCUCCCAACCCGACGACGUCCUCUCCAUCGCCGCCGUCCUCAAAGACGCCGUGCAGUUCCACUACACCUCGCCCAGCUCCUGGACCUUCUCGCGCGCCUUCCACGUCGAGGCACUCAACAAAAUGCCGCUCGACCUCCUGACCUCCGCCAUCGUCGACGAAAUCACCACCUCCAUCGACACCCUCUGGGGCACCGACAGCUCCACCUGGCGCAAAGUCCCCGUGUCAACCAUGAACACGGCCAUCUGCCGCAUCACGAACCGCGUCUUCGUCGGCGCCGACCUAAGCCGCGACCCGACCUACAUCGCGCACCAGACGGCCUUCGUGCACGCCAUCGCGCUCAGCGCGGGGCUGAUCAACAACGCCCUCCCGAAGCUGUUGCACCCGCUGCUCGGCCCGCUCGUCGCGCUGCCGUGCCGCUACUACGACUACCGCUGCUCGCGCUACAUCGUGCCCCUCGUCGAGCACCACCUGCGCCUGUGCGUCGCCGCCGCCGUGGCGCAGAGCGCGGACAUCGUGCCGAGUUUCGGGCCGCCGCGCGAUAUGCUGCAGUUCUUUGCGCGGUACGCGGUGCGCAGCGCCGACGCCGCCGACCGCAAUGCGCGCGCCAUCUGCAGCCGGCUGCUGGCGCUGAACUUUGUGGGGAUCCAUACGAGCACGAUGACGAUGGUGAAUGCGUUGCUGGACAUGCUGAGUCCGGCGGGGGCGGCGCGGGAGUGCUGGGCCGCGGUGCGGGAGGAGGCGGUGGGGGUGCUGCGGGCGCAUGGGGGCGUGUGGAGUAAGGCGGCGGUGAACCAGCUGGUGCGGAAUGACAGUGUGUUCCGGGAGAGUCUGCGGUUCAGUCCGUUUAAGUUGAAGGGGGUGGAUCGGGAGGUUGUGGCGAGCAAGGGAGUGGUGCUGCCGGAUGGGACGUACUUGCCGAAGGGGACGAGGGUGGCGCUGCCGACGCAUGGGGUCCACUUUGAUGAUAGGUUUUAUAGUGAUCCGAUGACGUUUGAUCCGUGGAGAUUUGUGGGGGUGGAGGGCGCGGGGAUGAUUGCGGCGGGGGAGACGUUUUUGGGGUUUGGGUUAGGAAGGCAUGCUUGUCCUGGUCGCUUCUUUUCGGCCCACGAGCUGAAGCUGUUGCUCGCGUAUAUCACGCUGAACUACGACAUCCAGCCGUUGGAGGAGCGGUAUGCGAAUACCGAGUUCAGUGACUUCUCAGUUCCGCGAGAUAUCGAGCUGACGAUAAAAAGGAGGAAGCAGUCUGCGCACUUGGAUGACGAUUAG